GUCCGUUUUUACUUCCGGUAUGACAUCAUUUCCGGGUCAUCCUCCUGCGUGUAUUUAUAAAGCGGAAGAACACAUCUUGCUGAACAAGACAGUGCUAAAAACUCAAAGGAACUACAAAGGCAUCAGGCAGAAACACCCCGGGAGAAACACCAGACUAUGAGUUCGACUUUGGACGAACUGAUCCGGUCGUUCGCAAGAGACAAUUUUGGCCCUCAGUAUCGUGUGGCACCUCAAGGGAGAAACAACACAAUAGAACCGCUGACCUUGAUUGUAAAACAUGGCAAGCCUUGGCAUAUACGACAGCCAAAGAUAGUGUUAGAGCCUCUUGAGUGCUUCCUAGACGACGGCAAACCUAAUUUAAAAGAAGAGGUCCGAGAACUUGCGAAAUUGAAUUUGAGGAACGGACCUGUUUUUAGGACUGCAAAAGGAGCGGAAGCCGGAAUCGAAACAAAGGGAGAGGUGGUAGUAGGAGAGCAUUUUAAAAUCGCGGGGACAAAGAAGCAUGACUUAGGAGAGCUGAGCCUGGGAAACGUACAAGAGGAGUUCUACAAGGAGACAGGUCUGCGAGCUAUUCUUCACAAGGCAUUCCUGGACCCUGUGAAAAUGCUCCCGUACGAGAAGGAGAAGUUGUACAUCAUCACAGGCGUUGUGUACAGUGACAGGCUUCGCGUGUUGGGUGCACGGAGAAAGGAGGAUACCAUCGAUGCCGAGGCAAAGGCCCCUUCUAUGCCUUUCCUGACUUGGUGCGAAAAUGUAGCUGCCGUCAAAGCCAGACUUAGCAGGGUGCUGAUCCCGACCCAAGCAAUAGGGAAAACCGCACGCUCACCACUGCUUUUCACGUACGCUCGACUUGAAUACCAGAAAGAAGAAAAAAGGCUACAAGUGAAGAAGGGCGUGUUUAUCGGCGCAAAGCUCAAACCACGUGAUGUUGUUGCGGACAAUGAUGGUAAGGAGGAGAACGAAGACAACGACGAUGACGAGAUGAAUGAUGCGGAAGAACUCACAGCUGAAGAUUUGGAUACAUUCGCAGAGUUCGUACAACUCGACGACGAUAGGGACUUCGCUAGUACACUUCAAGAUUUGUAUCAAAGUACUGGGGAUAAUUCGAACGAAAAACUGGAAAUCGUUUUGAAUUUCCUGUCAACAACGAAAAACAUAAAAGAGAUGAAGACCCGCUUGAAUUUUGUACUCCACACGAUAAAUUACGCCAUGAGCAGUCCUAAUGGGAGCAUGCGCACUGAGGUCCCAAUGUCAGAAAGCGACCAGAAGCUGAUGACAGAAGUCGGAUUAACCCUCGAACGAGGCCUCAACUCCGCCAAAGUGUUCCGCGUCUCAAACGAGAACAGGGAACAAGUGAGAGACUACGGGCUGAUUUUCCAGCAUCUCCAAGAAAUCGGCGACGAGGAAUGGGAUGCAGUUAAGCAGUUUGCAGACCAGAUAAAAGAAGAGAGGACUGCAAAAGACGAGGAAGAAAAUUAGUAAUUCUACGACGUGGCGGCUUGGGGAGAGGGUUUAUGGUUGGGGUUUAUCAUCGUAUUCAACAGAAUUUUUUUUUAAUUUUUCAAAAUUGUUCAAUUUUUUUUUGCAAAAAAAAAAAAGGUUUACUGCAGUUUUUAAUGUUCUGUGAACUCUCGUUAACAAGCUUCCGUCAUUUGAAAUCCUUGAAUCAUUUUCAUUGGUGGUUUCAUUUCAAGCCAGAAAGCGGUUUAGCAGUUGAGACUGAUGACAACCCUGGGUACUAGAGGCUCCAAGUUUCAAUACCAAAAGAGCUUUGCGUUGUUGCCCGCUAGGGACGGGUCAUUAUUUAACGGGAGGGGGGGGGGGGGGGGGGGGUGAGACCGCUAUGAUUUGGGGAAGGGUUGCGAUUUUUUGAGCGUCCAAUUUAGAGGAGGGCCUCAAAUUUUAAUACAGGGUUUAGGGGAGGGCCUUAUUUUUUUGAGCAGGUAUUCUGAUCAAUCUGCUUGCACUUUCAUGAUUUCGUUUGGCUUUCGUUUAAAAUCAUUAUCCCCUGAAGUGUGGCCUCUACCAUUUUCAUGUUUUUCAGUUUUGGUUUUAUAAACUUCCAUCAAUGAAUGAAUUUACGAAUUUCGAUUUGCACCCGGCCCCUUUAGACAAGACAAAGGAAAUGUCAGAAAGUCCAUUUCCCAUUUUGACAUUUCCUUUGUGCUAUAAUCAGUCAAGCGAAAAUACGCCGUUGCUGGCGCAGUUUGCACGGGGAUUUAGCUACAGAAGCUUGGAGUAUGGCUACAAGUACGUUAGAAAACAAUUGAAUAAAUUUGAGAAUUGAAAACCUG